ACAGUACAUACAAACUACACACUAAUGGGAUUAACUCCAUUCACAACAUAUGAAAUACAAGUGAUGGCAAGAAAUGGAGUGUCAGAUCAAGACAAUGCUAAUGAUAACAAUAGAACUGUUACUAUAACUGUCACUACUCAUCCAACUGUUCCAUCACAUCCAAGGAAUGUGAGACUAUCAGAAGGCUCAUUGUUAACAUGGUCUGAUCCUAUGAACUUAUUUGGAUCUGAACUGGUUGAGUAUCUUGUAUUAUCUAAUCCUCUUAAUGAUACAAACAGUGCUGUAGUUAGAGUCAGACUACCUCCUACAGCUAACAGCUAUGAUUUGACUGAUCUUAAUGUUCCAAAUGGGUUUCAUUACAUAUGGGUUCGGGCAGUUAGUAAAAUUGGAGAGGGGGAAUUUUCAACAUCUGUUCUUUAUAAUCGAAGCAACUCAUUUAUGAAUCCAACACUACCAACAGUAAAUAAUGAACCAUUAAUCCUCUCUGUAUCAUUGGGGGCACUUGCACUGAUAGUAUUCAUAGUGUUAGUAAAUGCUUUGUUGUGGAUUGUGCUGGUAAUUAAGAGGAAAAGAAAGCAAAAGAGAAAGAAAGAGCAAAGUGCCUACAUUGAUUCAACUCUUAAUCCUUCAUAUCAAAUGACCACUGCUAGGAGCCCACCCACAACAAUGUUAUCAUCUCCUAUUACUCAGGACAAUGUUGCAUAUAAUGAAAUAGCUGCAAUUCCUCACUUGAAUUGUUUAAAUCCAAAUGAAAAAUUUUAUGAGGAAAUUGAUGAUAUUGCAGUAGACACUGCUGGUACUGCAACUGCAGCUGCUCCAUCUACUACACCAACAUACUGGGAAGUUUUCUAACAACUAAAUUAACAA